AAAGCAGCUGCUCCGAUGAAAAUUCUUGUAGCAGGCGAGGUUCGAGGCCGUCUGGACCUGCUUUUUACGCGCGUAGCAUCGCUCAAUGCUUCAAAGGCCGGCCCGUUUGACACGUUGUUCGUUACGGGAGAGUUUUUCCCACCCGCCGACGAACCUGAGGGCGGGAUGGCAACGACGGCCUUUGAAGACUACGUCAUGGGCGUCAAGGAAGUACCUUUGCCAACCUACUUCAUCGAAGGGCCAUCUGCGAGUGCCGAGGCCAAGUAUGGCAGCGUGGUACCGGGAGGCGACGUCUUCCCCAAGUGCACGUACCUGGGGCCCGGGGGGCUGGAGUUGGUAGGGAAGCUGACCGUAGGCUUCCUCAGCCAACGACACACAGACAAGGACAUCGAGAAAAUCGUCGAGCCUGCCAGCAGCUCGACAUUCUUAGGGGCAGACAUUUUCCUGAGCACGGACUGGGGCCAAGGCGUCGCUGCUGGAUAUGACUUGAGCGCAAUGGGAGUGCGAGAUGCGGCCGGGACGGGUUCCUCCACCGUCGCUGACCUCGCGGUCGUCCUGCGUCCUCGGUAUCAUUUUGCCGCCCGCCCAGGAAUCUAUUUUCAACGCCCUCCGUACAAGAACCACGCAAGCAAGCCCAAGAGCAAGCUGAGCCACGUUACCCGUUUCCUCAGCCUGGCGCCGGCCUCCGUGGCCAAGGAGAAGGCCCGGAAGUGGC